AUGUUUAGGGCAAUAGGUAUUGAUUUAGGUACAUCGUAUUCAUGUGUCGGUGUCUUUCGAAAUGGAAAAGUUGAAAUCAUUCCUAACGAUCAAGGAAAUCUUACAACGCCAUCCUAUGUUGCAUUCACUAAUGAGGAAAUAUUAAUUGGUGAUGAGGCUAAAAAUCAACUACCUAUGAAUCCAUACAACACAGUCUUCAACGUUCAACGUCUUAUUGGACGUAAAUACUCUGAUGCAACAGUUCAAGCUGAUAUGGAGAAUUGGCCAUUUAAAGUAAUUAAUGGCAAUGGAAAACCUAAAAUCCAAGUUGAAUAUAAACACGAAACAAAAGUUUUUACACCUGAAGAAAUUUCUUCAUUGAUCUUAACAAAAAUGAAAGAAAUAGCUGAAAAUUAUCGUGGUCAAAAAGUAACCGAAGUUGUUAUCGCUGUUCCAGUGUAUUUUAAUAAUGCCCAACGUCGAGCAACACAAGAUGCUGCUGUCAUCGCUGGUCUUAAUGCUUUACGUAUAAUUAAUGCACCAACCUUAGCUGCUAUUGCUUAUGGUUUAAAUAGCAAAGUUUCAGCUGAACGCAGCGUGUUGAUUUUUGAUUUGGGUGGUGGCACCUUGAAUAUUUCAAUUCUAAGAAUCGAGGAAGGAAUUUAUGAAGUUAAUUCAACAGCUGGUUACACACAUCUGGGUGGUGAAGAUUUUGAUAAUCGAAUGGUUCAAUAUUUCAUUCAAGAAUUUAAAAGAAAAUAUGGUCAAGAUUUAAAAGAAAAUAAAUCUGCUGUUCGACGAUUACGUACUUAUUGCGAACGUGCUAAACGUAUAUUAUCAAUAUCAUUACAAGCAUCUAUUGAAAUCGAGUCAUUACAUGAAGGCAUUAAUUUUUAUUCCACAAUAACUCGUGCACGUUUCGAAGAAAUCAAUGCUGAUUUAUUCCGUACAAUACUUGAACCUGUUGAAAAAGCUUUACGCGAUGCCAAAAUGGCUAAAUCAAGUAUCCAAGAAGUAAUUCUUGUUGGAGGCUCAACACGUAUUCCAAAAGUACAAAAACUUGUGCAAGAUUUCUUUGGUGGUAAAGCACUUAAUAAAUCAAUGAAUCCAGAUGAAGCUGUUACGUAUGGUGCUGCUAUUCAAGCUGCUAUACUUACAGGUGAUAAAUCUGAAAUUAUUAAAGAUUUACUUUUGCUUGAUGUCGCACCAUGCUCAUUAGGUAUUGAAACUGCUGGCGGUGUUAUGACAGCAUUAAUCAAACGAAAUACAACAAUUCCGACAAAACAAACCCAAACAGUCACAAUCUCUAUCGAUAAACAAUCGGUUAUACCAAUUGCAGUUUAUGAAGGCGAAGGCUCAAUGACAAGAGAUAAUCAUUUAUUAGGAGAAUGCAAAUUAUUGGAUAUUCCACCAACAUCCGGAAGCGUACCAGAAAUUGAAGUUACAUUUGAUAUUGAUGCAAAUAGUAUAUUAAAUGUAUCAGCUAUGGAUAAAAGUUCAGGAAAAGAAAAUACAAUUACAAUUACAAAUAAUAAAGAACGUUUAUCAAACGAUGAAAUUGACCGUAUGAUUUCUGAUGCUGAAAAAUAUAAAAAAGAUAAUGAAAUACGACGUGAACGUAUUAUUGCUAAGAAUUCACUGGAAUCUUAUUGUUUUAAUAUGAGAGCAAACAUUAUUGAUAACAAAAUGGUGAAUACAAUCGGUGAUUAUAACAAGAAAAAAAUGCUCGAUGCUAUCAAAGAUACAUUGGCAUGGCUGGAAGCAAAUCAAGUAAGAACUAGUUGA